CUUCGUUCAGAUUUCCUCCCUUCUCAUUUUGUCCCUUUUCGGUACCUGAUUACCUGCGAGAGCGUGAAAAAAUCCGAAGAACGGGAGGAUUAGAAGUUCAGCAAAUAGCCGUAGCCUCACCUGAGCUGUUAAUUAUGUAUUUUUCAGAUAACUAUAUUUUCUUUAUUAAUUUAUGUAAUUAAUGUUACUGUUUAGGUGAUCACUGUGCAUGCUUCUGAAGAUAUAAACUAACAUUAACGUGGUGCUCUUUUGCUGUGCGUAAAAUCGCGCACCACGAACAGCUCCUCCACCUUGCGGCAGAACCAGAACCAUCAGAACCAAUAAAUAAUGUAUUCUGUUACGCUGUUGAAGUUCCAGUUAGAUGUGCAGAUGCCGCGGGAUCAUUGCCUUUUCCCCCCCCUCCUUCCUCUUUUUUUCCCGUGCCUCCAGUCAGUUUAUUAUGUUCCACCAGCUGACGGAUCAGACAUUGAAUGGCAGCUGCCAGGAAGCCGCCUCAGCCUGCAGCGCCGGCGCUGACGGAGACGCGCUCCAGCUGCCCACUUUCUCCACAGCGGCGAAGGUCCGAGUCAUCAUCACCUUCAGUUUGUGCGCAGUUUCAGCCGUGUGCAACUUGCUCGUGCUCUAUGCCGCCGGCAACGGGGGCAAGCGCAAGUCGCACGUCAGGAUCCUCAUAAUGAACCUGACGGUGGCGGACCUGCUGGUGACUUUCAUCGUGAUGCCCGUGGACGCGGUGUGGAACAUCACGUUGCAGUGGCUGGCGGGGGACGUCGCCUGCAGGCUGCUGAUGUUCAUGAAACUGGUGGCGAUGUACUCGUGCGCUUUUGUCACUGUGGUCAUUAGCCUGGACAGGCAGUCCGCCAUUCUCAAUCCGCUGGGCAUCACUGAGGCCAAAAGGAAGAGCAAGAUCAUGUUGACAGUGGCUUGGACGAUGAGUGUAAUCCUCUCAAUCCCUCAGAUGAUCAUAUUUCACAAUGUGACCAUCACAGUGCCCGAUAACUUCACCCAGUGCACCACCCAUGGCAGCUUUGUCCAGCACUGGCAGGAGACCCUCUACAACAUGUUCACCUUUGUGUGCCUCUUCCUCCUACCUUUGGUUAUCAUGAUCUUCUGCUACACACGAAUUCUCAUUGAGAUAUCAAGCCGCAUGGCCCGCGGUAACUUGCUGUCAAGGGAUGUUCAUCUCCGCCGCUCCCACAACAACAUCCCAAGAGCUCGAAUGAGGACUCUUAAGAUGAGCAUCGUUAUCGUGACGUCAUUCAUCGUAUGCUGGACACCUUACUACCUGCUAGGCCUGUGGUAUUGGUUAUUUCCUGUAAAAAUGGAGGAAACGGUCUCUCAUUCACUGACACAUAUGCUGUUUAUCUUUGGUCUAUUCAACGCCUGUCUGGACCCCAUCACUUAUGGGCUCUUCACUGUUCGUCUUCACAAAGGUCUUACCAGAUGCUGUCAGAAAGCAAACAUGCAGCCCGAACUAGAAACUAACACUUGUCUUGUACACAUGACUCACAUUUCACCCCGGAAACAGCAUACCUCAAGUGUCGACAAUACAGAGAUAGAGGGGAAAGAAAACAACAACAGCACAACGCCAAGGCCAAUCCUCCCAGUGAGCAAGAUGGUUUAAAGAGUUUCAAAUGAUAAAAUAAUCUGCUCUUAAACUGAUGCUUGGAGUUUGAACUAAUUGACUGAAUAUGUCUUUUUAACAAUUUGUUCAUGCACCACUCUGGAAAACAGUGGAUGUCACACUCACUCACUCACACACACACACACACAUGCACGCACACAUACAGUACACUCGUGUGUCAAUAAACUGGUGUGAUUAUAUGGAUGUUUAUAUUUGUAUUACAUGUUUCAAUUUUUGUAACAAAAUUCUUUGCGAGUCUUUGCUUAUCGACUGCAAAAUUGUCAUUUGUAAUUCUGUAUGUGCAAUAGGAAAUGCUGUGAUUUUGCCUAACAACAAACCUCAUCAUCAUUGACCAUGACGGCCUUUUAAGCUGAUGUUAUGGUUAUGGUUAUUCUAUGUAUUUAAUGUAUUGUAUUUAUUCAUCGUGUAAUUUGUCCAAGAACAAUGAAGUAGUAUAUGUGUUUUUGGCAUCAAGUUGCUUAACCAAGACAUUAAAAAAGCUUAACAUUUUGAAAGUUUACAAUGUGGUAUUAUUGUAAAAUAAACACUUAACUGUUAAGUUUUG